AUGAUUGACAAGCAUCGAGGUUUGCAUGAAAUGUUACCAUAUGCUUUAUUAGGUUAUCGAACAACUAUCAGAACGUCAACUGAGGCUACGCCAUACUUGCUAGUGUAUGGAAUGGAAGCAGUUAUACCAGCUGAAGUCGAAAUACCGUCUUUGAGAAUCAUCCAAGAGGCUGAGUUAAGUAGUGCUGAAUGGGUCAGCAAGCGGAUUAAUCAACUAACUUUGAUUGAUGAGAAGAGAAUGGUUGCCGUCUGUCAUGGUCAGUUGUAUAGACAGAGAAUGAUUCGUGCCUUUCACAAGAGAGUGAGAGCCAGAAUUUUUGAAGUUGGACAGUUGGUUCUUAAACGUAUUUCUCCUCAUCAAGACGAGUACAAAGGAAAGUUCGCACCAAUAUGGCAAGUUCCUUACAAGUUUCAUAAAGUAUUAUUUGGAGGUGCUUUGGUCCUGUCAGAGAUGGAUGGCACCGUAUGGCCGAAACCGAUCAACUCAAAUGCUAUCAAGACAUACUACGUGUGA